AUGCUUCCGUUUCAAAGCGGCGCGACAGCAUCGAGCGGAUCAGGUCUCGGCGAUCUCACGCCGCGGCACCGGCCGCUGUUCAUCCGCACGCGGCAACGGCAAACUCCGCGCGGAUCCGACGAUGUGUACGAGGGGUGUCAGGACCGCAUUGGGGAGGACCCACGCGCCAUGCCUCCUCGCAAUGACCUCCACACGUGCACUCUGGUGCCCCGCAUAGGCAAGCGCAAGACGGUGACAGUGGCAACGACAGUGAAGAAGGGCGACUGCCUGUGGGGCAUCAGUCGACAGCUGACUGGCACGGGGACCAACUGGAAAGACAUUGUGAACGAGAAUCGGCAAUAUUUCAAAAAGGCUAAAUUUGACACUCCCAUUGACGACGAUCUUUUCAUCAUCCAGCCAGGCUGGAAGCUCAAGAUGCCAGUCACUGCCCCCCCUCCUCCCGAAGACUGA